AUGUGCCCGUGCCCCCUGCACCGCGGCCGCGGCCCCCCGGCCGUGUGCGCCUGCAGCGCGGGCCGCCUGGGUCUGCGCUCGUCCGCCGCACAGCUCACGGCCGCUCGGCUCAAGGCGCUCGGCGACGAGCUGCACCAGCGCACCAUGUGGCGGCGCCGCGCGCGGAGCCGGAGGGCGCCCGCGCCCGGCGCGCUCCCCACCUACUGGCCCUGGCUGUGCGCGGCCGCGCAGGUGGCGGCGCUGGCGGCUUGGCUGCUCGGCAGACGGAACUUGUAG